AUGUCGUAUUCGAGUGGCCGUCAGGCCGCCUCCCCCAAUCGCUACGAACUCUAUACCCCCCAACAGACCCAACCACCCCCGCUUCAGCGAAUGCCCAGUUACGACGCUGGAGACGACGCUGGCUUCUUCAACUCGCCCCGUUUACAAUCUCUGCGCACAAUGGAUUGGGAUACGAGAUAUGGCGGGGGUGUAAACGGUGAGACACAGGGUGCGGAUGCCUGGGAGGACCGGUAUGGAGCAGGGACCUCCCCUCGAGCCUCUCAUGGCCGGAAUCUAUCGCAGGGCUCGUCUCGGUACCAGUAUGCGCCGUCCAUCUCGACCUCGCGCCCUUACAACCCCCAGGAAUUCGCCCUCCCGCCGACCCCGUCGCAGUUUGGAUUCAACAACGUAACCUACUCGAGCUCGGGUACACUCAGCAAUGCAGGCCACCAGCCGUACAAUCCCGCGGCAUACCAGCCAGCCGGUCUCGCUGGGUAUGGGGGUUCGCAGAAUGUCCAACGCCAGGCUAGUACCAUGGCGUCGCCCUAUGCACAGACACCCUCGACUCCGCUAUCCUUCGGGCUCCCUUCCCAGCAAAUACCGCCCCCGCCGCCUCCCCGCGGGCCAGAUCAUCCCUAUGGAAGCCGUCCAUCGGUGUCAUACUCGGCUGGUUCAGCUGAUGGUUUAUAUGGUUCGGGUGCUGCAGCACCAUCGCAACUGGCUUACAGCACGACCUCUGGAUCUUCGUUGUCGAACAGCACUGCGUACGCUUCGAGAGAUUCGAUUACCGCGACUAGUUUGGGUUCAAUAUCUUCGCGCUCGUACUCCCGUGGAUCACAAGGAGCCGCCUACGUACCGCAAUCCCCCCGUCGCACCGCACCGACCACCUACAACGAACUACCUCCAGAGCCUCCAGCGCACUCCACCCCCACCGAGGAUAUCUUUGCAAAACGACCCAGUUUCUCUCGUCCGGCCUCUGGGCGGUCCCUCCCAACACCACCAGGGCAGCAGUCGCCCCGCCGGACAGACACCUUGACGCGGCACCCGCAAUCCCGUCCUUUACCUGGUCCUCCAGUGGAGACAGAUCUCGAUGCAGCGCCAGCCCCUCUGGCUGGAACGAGUGGGAUAGGUGAUUUACAUACUGGACCAGAGGAGGAGAUGAACUAUGACGACUUGAUGAAGGAGGUUGAGGCCGCAGUUAUGGACGGGCGGAUUGGCUUGGCGGGGCGACAUAACUCAGGAGGGUCGCGUUCUGGGCAUCCGCAGGCGAUCGAGGAGGAGGUUGACGAGAUGCUCAUUCCAUCGCCCCAGCAUGCGUCCGACGACAGACAUACCAAUGGCAACAUGGCAACGGGGACGGGACAAUACGUCAACUACGAUGCAUACAGCGACGAGAGUGAUGCGGAAGCCGCGGCCGGAUUGGCAAUGUUACAAAUGGCAGAGGAGGAAGAACGAGCGGAGGAAAGUCGCCUGCGCGAACGGGCACGACGGGAGACAAAUGAUUCGAUUUUCAGUGCAUACGCAGCCCGUUCCUCGGACCGGGCACCUUCGCCGCGGGACGAUCUCUAUGCGCACUAUGACAAUGGUUACACGCCCCAAAUGCACUAUGGACAUGAUGAGUAUUACGAUGGACCCGAAUACGUCGAUGAAGUGGACGAUCACGACAGGGUUGCAGCGGGGGUUUCGGGGUUGUACAGAGACUCCGAGAUGUCUACUGAUGAGCAUGGUGAUUACUCUGACGAUUAUGACUACCAAUCAAUGCCUACCGAACCUCGCUACUCGAUCAACCAUGCCCGAGUGGACGCUGGCGGAACUGGCGGCCUUGCAGAACCUGGUGCUUUCACUCGCCGCAUGAGCUUUGACUAUGGCGAUGAAGGUGAUGUCGCUCUGUCUCAAGGUGCUGAUGUCUAUCGCUCAGGUAGUGAGAGUUCCGACAGAGGAGAUCAUAGGGAAUUCUUCUUCCAUCCUGGAAUGCGGCCGCUGCCGCCUGCACCUGUUGAGCCGAUGAACAACGCCACUGUGGCUCCGCAUCUGAUGCCGGCAGGCACGUACCGUCGCCAGGAGCCAAUUGACCCUCCGAGCCGCACGCAGUUAGCGCAGGCUUACACCCCAGACUCGUACGAACAGGCAAUGCCUAGCCCGACGCAGGUCCCGCGCUCGACUUCCUUGUCAACCCACCCUAUCGGUCCCCGCACCGACCCCCCCAUCCGAUCCAAGACUGACGCAGACCGCAUCAAGUACAAGCAGCAGCAGGAGUUGAUCCGCCAGUCACAGUUUGGCGGUCUCCGGGCUGACGCCUUCCCCCAGGAUUCCGACCCUGCGCUGCUCGAUCUCCCUACCAUCCCCGCAGCCCGACGCAAGAAGUUCAACCCGGCCAAGUUGUCGUCUGACCAUUUCAAGAGAUGUGCGGAGCCGUGGGCACUCAGCGCGGUUGUUGCUUGGAUUCGAGAGAUGGGCGAGGGUGAGACGGACCUAAAGGAGCACGCUAUCGUGGAUGCGAUUGUGGCGCUCUUCACGCACAAGGUUCCGACAAUGAACAUCGCCGAUGCGGAGACGCUAGCUGCUCGCGUGGUCAAGAACAUGUUGGCGGAGGAGGCCUUGAUUAAAGAUGAGGAAUGGGUUAAGUUUGGUAACGGGACGCUAUCUGGCGUGCUGUUCCAGAUCACAGGGACAGGAUGCUACUCGUCGCGAUUGCACGAGCAGGAAACGGAAGUGUUUGGUCGCUGUUACUCGCACCACUGCAUGCGGACGCUGAAGAAGGUCAACUUGAAGGCGCAGAUGAUGGAGCCGCAGAAGAAGAUCGAGGACUGGGUGACCUUCUACAAGGUUCCCAAGGAGGUAUGGGAGUCGUAUCCGAAGAAGGAAAUCGAUCGCCAGAAUAACCUGCACGAGAUUGUCACCACGGAAGAUGCCUAUAUCGGACAAUUGGAUAUAUUACGGGAACUGUAUCGUGAUCAGCUGGCAGCUAUACAACCGUCCAUCAUCACGCCGAAGCGACUGAACAAGUUCUUAGCCGAUGUCUUUGGACGAGUCGAUAGCGUGAAACGCGCCAAUGAGGACUUUCUUCUCGCGCAGCUUAAAUACCGCCAGAAAGAACAGGGCCCGUUCAUUGUUGGAUUCAGCGAUAUCUUCCGAGAAUGGAUCCGGAAGGCCAAGGCAACGUACGUCGAGUAUGCGGGUACUUUCCCAUAUGCCAAUUUCCUUGUUCGCCGGGAGUCCGAGCGGAAUGUGCAUUUUAGACAGUUCUUGAACCAGGCGCGGGAUCACAAGUCGUCGCAGCGUUUGUCGUGGGAUACGUAUCUCAAGGCUCCAAUUACGAGGAUCCAGCGGUAUACGUUGUUACUUUCGACGAUUUAUAAGAACACAGUCAAGGACUCGGAGGAGAAGUCGAAUCUUGCGCAAGCGAUCGAGGAGAUCAAGCAAGUUGCGUUGGAGUGUGAUAACAAGGUCGGUGAGAUGAGCAAGAAGGUUGAUCUUGUUGAGCUUUCGACGAAGCUGCAACUUAGACCGGAGAUGAAGAAAGAAGUGGAGUUGAACCUCGAGCACCUGGGUCGCGAGAUUAUCUUCCGGGGUGACUUGCAGCGGCCAGGGACGAGAACUCGGUUCCUUGUCGAUACGCAUGCCAUUCUGUUUGACCAUUAUUUUGUCUUGGCGAAGAGCGUCACGGCCCGUGAUUCAUCUAGGACAGCCAAGUUUGAGUAUUUCGAUAUCUCGAAACUGCCUAUUCCGAUGGACCUGCUUGUUCUCGAAAGUACCAAUGAUGAUCCAGUUGUGAAAUCGUCUGUCCGUGGUGUUUCCACAGUCACGCCUCCACAUGCUGCGCGCGCAAAUACAAUGGGACCGAACCCUUUAGCACAUACCAACAGCACCAAUUCUCUGGUCCCGAGUACGGUCCUCGAAAGUCCUAAGGACGACAAGAUCCUGUACCCGUUCAAGAUCAAGCACUUGGGUAAGAACGGGACGUACACGCUGUACGCCUUUUCCGCCCAGAACCGCGCAGAAUGGUGCGACAUGAUUACCGAAGCGAAAACGAAGCACGCUGCUGCGCUGUAUGCCCAGAAUGCAGAGCCAUUCCGGCUGCGGGUGUUGGCGGACACUGCAUUCGCGAACUCUGAUCACCACGCCGGGUCCAAGAGUGUGACUAUCGAGGGCACGCCGCUGGACCGCGCCAUCAAGUCUGUGGAGGAGAAAUAUGCGGGCCCUGGACCUAGGCCGCUGCCGAUUUGCAAGACGAAUGUCAACUGUGCUACUGUAUUCCAGCAACCGCCUGGGCGGAUGAUGUGUGCUAUUGGGACGGAUAAUGGUGUUUAUUUGUCGGAGUAUAAUGACCCCCGUGGUUGGGUUAGGACCAUCCCCAUCGGCCGAGUCACCCAAAUCGCCGUCUUCGAAGAAUUCAACGCCUUCCUCCUCAUCUCCGACCGCUCCCUAAUCGCCUAUCACCUUGACGUCGUCUGCCCCGCAAACGGCGUCUCCCAACCUCCCAACGAAUCCGCCCGCCGCGCCCCCCAAAAGCUUUCCGGUCGUGAAGUCGGCUUCUUCGCCGCCGGCCGCAUGAAAGACCGCCUGUUGAUCAUGUACAAGAAACGCGACGGUCUCUCCUCCACCUUCAAAGUCCUCGAGCCCGUCCUCCAGAAAUCAUCCUCCUCCAAACACCGCUUCUUCACACACAUCCACGCCCGCCGCUCGCAGACAGAGUUCUUCCGCGAAUAUGACGAGUUCUACAUCCCCGCCGAGUCCUACGCUAUCAACAUGUUCCACUCGUCCCUCGCCAUCUCAACACACCGCGGUAUCGAAAUCCUAACCAUCGACAAGAAACAAACCUGGUCCGUCCCGGACUUCCGCUCCGAACAACCAGACACACAAGCCUACCUCUCUUCCAUCGCCCAGCGCAUCAAAGACCUCCGCCCCCUGGGCAUGUUCCGUCUCUCAGACAGUGAAUUCCUAGUCGCCUAUGCCGAAUGUGCCGUCUACGUCAACAAACACGGCGAUGUAAGCAGAAGCGUGGUCAUGGAGUUCGUCGGCCGCGCACAUACAGCCUGUCUGUAUGGGAAAUUCCUCAUCCUCUUCAACGAGGAUUUUGUCGAAGUCCGCAACGCUAUGAACGGCCGUCUGCGCCAGGUCAUUCCGGGCCAUAACGUUGUCUGCCUUGACGAUGGCAGUAGUCUUCCUGGUUCUGGAGCCGGAAUGGGAAUGGGGAUGCCGGCUGCGGGGCUGGGGAGUGGGCUGAUGAUUGGUGCCUCGGGGGCGAUGAUGGGGCAUACGGUUAAGAUAUGCAUGCAGCAUCCGGAGUACGAGAGGGGGCAGCUUGUGUUGGAGCUGGUGGAGAAUGAGGGGCAGAAGGAUUAG